AUGUAUUAUCGUGAGCCCCGCGACCAGUUACGAUGGUCUCCCACGGCGGCCGGUUCGAGCUCGAGACCUGCGGUUGCUUCUUCCUCCGUUCCAGUGUAUGAGGCAGCGGUCCAGCCUGCCGCCUCUCCAUCGUUUGCUGUUGAUCUCGCCGGCAAUGUUGGAGACGAGGUUGGAUAUGAUGAACAUCAUCCGACUGAAGUACAGUGUCCUCCACCGGCUGGUGUUGGCGAGGGAUUGUGUGAUGAUCCAGAUGAUGAUGAAGUCGAGCCGGAUAUUAUCGCCGAUGAAAGCGGAGAUGAUGUUGGAGCGAGUGAUCCGAUAAGGCCUACUGGUGGUUCUAGUUCUGGCACAAAUCAGUACCCACCCCAUUUUUCAUCUUUGGAUCUGGAUGCCAUGAGGCAGGACGAACAUCUUGGGCAGCUAGCUGGAUUUGGCGCUAGAGAUACUGACGGAUCUGCCGGUAUGACAGAGUUCCAGGUUGGUCAACAAUUCCAGGAUAAAGAUGAGGCGUUGUUGAGUGUCAAGACGUACAGCAUCCGCCGAGGGGUACAGUACAAGGUGGUUGAGUCUGACUAUCGCCGGUACGUGGGAAAGUGUUCUGAAUUUGGGAAUGGGUGCACAUGGUUGAUUAGGCUGAGCCUCCGACAGCGCAAGGGUAUCUGGGAAGUCAAGCGGUACAACGGGCCGCAUACCUGUCUCGCCACCUCCAUCUCCAGCGACCAUAGGAGCUUGGACUACCACGUGAUAGCGACAUUCAUCAUGCCAAUGGUUAGGGCUGACGCAUCCGUCAACGUCAAGGUGCUUCUAAAUGCAACGGCAACACACUUUGGCUUCAGGCCUACAUACCGGAGGGUGUGGAUGGCGAAGCAGAAGGCGAUAGCAAUCAUCUACGGGGACUGGGAUGAGUCGUACAACGAGCUCUCUCAGUGGGUCUUAGGAGUUCAGUUAACUAUGGCUGGCACUGUAGCAGUCCUCAAGACCUGCCCUGUUCGAGAUGUUCUGGACUUUCCCCCUCGUAUCGAAGUAUUUCGUCAUUGCAAGCCGUUGGUGAGUAUUGACGGCACCCAUCUAUAUGGCAAGUAUGGGGGAACGUUGCUUGUGGCGAUUGCACAGGACGGGAAUUCCAACAUACUCCCUGUGGCAUUCGCACUAGUUGAGGGUGAGAAUGCUGAGUCAUGGUCCUUCUUUCUCUCCCACCUCCGUCAGCAUGUGACACCUCAGCCAGGUCUGUUAGUUAUUUCAGAUAGGCAUAACGGCAUCAAGGUAGCACUUGAGGCACCUGAUGGGGGAUGGCUACCUCCGUCUGUAUACCGGGCAUUCUGCAUUCGACACGUUGCAGCGAAUUUCGCCCUCACCUUCAAGGGCAAAGAUGCCCGGAGGCUUCUUGUGAACGCCGCAUAUGCGAAGACCGAGGUGGAGUUUGACUACUGGUUCAACAUCCUGCGUUCUGAGAAUCCGGCAAUGUGUGACUGGGCAAACCGAAUUGAGUACUCGUUGUGGACACAUUACUGUGAUGAGGGUCGGAGAUUCGGGCACAUGACGACCAAUAUUUCGGAGUGUGUCAAUUCAAUCCUGAAGGGGGUAAGAAACCUCCCUGUUUGCUCGCUGGUGAAGGCCACAUACGGAAGGCUGGCUGAGCUAUUUGUCCGUAAGGGUAGGGAGGCCGAGGCUCAGAUGGGUACUGGACAACAAUUCAGUCAAUACCUAGUAAAGUGUAUCGAGGCCAACCUGAAGACAGCCAGGUGCUUCACGGUGACUGUUUAUGAUAGGGAUAACUCGGAGUACACCGUGGCUGAGACGACUCCGACAGGUUCAUUCUCACUUGGUACAUACAGGGUCUCAUUAGGGUCCAAGACUUGUGAUUGUGGAUACUUCCAAGCACUUCAUUUUCCGUGUCCUCACGCACUGGCCUGCUGUGCUUAUUCACGUCUUACAUGGCAGCUUUACGUCCACCAGGUCUAUCGCCUUAGUUCCAUUUUCGGUGUCUAUCAGAUGGGAUUUACACCUCCCAUUCCAGAGGGUUUCUGGCCACCAUAUGGCGGGCCUACCGUUAUACCAGAUCCGAACAUGAGGCGUGCGAGGGAGGGUCGUCCAAGGUCCACAAGCAUUCGCACCAACAUGGAUAAUGUAGAUCCGAACCGGCCAAAGAGAUGUGGCCUCUGCAAGCAGCCAGGACACACCCGUCGUAAUUGUCCACAAGCCGCAGGACCCAGCGGGAAUGCUUGGAAUUAA